GCGGCCCCGACGUGCGGGGCUGCCGGUGCCGUCCCGCAGCCGCGUGCCCCCGGGGCGGGACCUCCGGCGCUGGGGUCGCUCCCCGCUGGCCCGGCCGCCCCGUCCCCGCCGGCGUCUCGUCGUCUCCUUCGCUGCGCAGCGGCCGGGGGAGACGCGCGGGCUCCGAGCUCGGAGCCGUCCCGCGGCGCCCGGGCUGAAGGGCUGGCUGGGAGCGGGCAGGCUGGAGAGGAAAGGCGGCCGACCCGCCUGCUUCCCGGCGCCUGAUGCGCGUUGACUGCACGGCUGCUGAAAUGGUUUGAGUUCUGCGUCUCCUUUCCCAACAAUGAACGGUUCAAAACCGCCGGUCCCGUCUGGAUUCGGAAUCUUUAAAAAUACCACCUGCCACACAGAGAAAAAGAUUUCGGUAUUUUUUUCCGUAAUCUUCAUGACAGUGGGGAUUUUGUCGAACAGUCUGGCAAUAGUGAUUCUCAUGAAGGCAUAUCAGAGAUUUAGACAGAAAUCAAAAGCAUCCUUUUUGCUUUUUGCAAGUGGCUUGGUUGUCACCGACCUCUUUGGCCAUCUCAUCAAUGGAACCAUUGCAGUGUUCGUGUAUGCAUCUGAUAAAGACUGGAUUCGAUUUAAUCAGUCAAAUGUUCUUUGCAGUGUUUUUGGCAUAUGCAUGGUAUUCUUUGGUUUGUGCCCUCUCUUCCUGGGUAGUGUGAUGGCUGUUGAACGCUGCAUUGGCGUCACUAAGCCAAUAUUUCAUUCUACAAAAAUGACUUCUAAACAUGUGAAAAUGAUGUUGACUGUGGUAUGUCUCUUUGCUGUUUUUAUUGCUUUUCUGCCUAUUCUUAGGUUGAGAGCCUAUCAAAUUCAAGCAUCACGGACCUGGUGUUUCUAUAAAACAGAACAUAUUGAGGACUGGGAAGACAGAUUUUAUCUCUUGCUUUUUUCCUGCCUUGGGUUACUGGCCCUUGCCAUUUCAUUCUUGUGCAAUGCGGUGACAGGAGUUACUCUGUUAAGAGUUAAAUUUAAAAGUCAACAAAGACAAGGCAGAUCUCAUCAUUUUGAAAUGAUCAUUCAGCUAUUGGCUAUAAUGUGCGUGUCUUGCAUUUGCUGGAGUCCGUUCCUGGUGACAAUGGCCAAUAUCGGUAUAAAUGAAAAUCGCUCACUGGAGACAUGUGAAACAAUACUUUUCGCUCUUCGAAUGGCAACAUGGAAUCAAAUAUUAGAUCCUUGGGUAUAUAUUCUUCUAAGGAAAGCUGUACUUAAAAACCUCUACAAGAUUACAAGGCGAUGCUGUGGUAUGCACAUCAUGAACUUGCAUAUGUGGGAACUGAGCUCAAUCAAGAAUUCUUUAAAGGUUGCAGCAAUUUCUGAGUCACCAUCAAGUUCCAAACAAAUAAAUAAACAGUCACUCAGCUCAAUGGGGCAAUAAAAUCAAAUACAGUCUGUGAAGAAACAAUGGGGGUAAUGAUCAUACAUUGAGAACACCUUCACACUUCUUAUAAUGAGGUUAAGUGAUUUGUACUUGUUUCAAAUCAUAAGAGGUUUGUUCUUACUACUUAUCAGUUUGACACUGCUAUUCCAAGGCAUGCACUUGAGUAUUUUAGUUCAAUCUCCUUAUAGGCCCUUUCCAGUAAUAAAAAUAAAAUAACUACAUUUCCCCAUUUCUGUUAUCAAAAAAAGUGGUCAAAAAAAUAAUAAUGAACACAACAAUAAGCCAAUUUAAGAGACUUUUUAUAAGCAAAACGGUGUAAAAUAAUAAGAAGCAAUGAUCACAUUAAAUACACGUUCAGUUAAAGAAAUGGCUUUAACAUGUUUUUCAAAAAUGGUGUAUAAUUAGAUGAGACACAUAUCAGGCAAGAGUUGGCUCCACAUCCUAGCGCCUGCCACACCAAAAACACCAUCACCUGCUGACUUUAGCACUGGCAGAAAGCUGGGGUUUUGGGUGCGUGUGGAUGGCUACCAGUACCAUGGGAUCAAGGGAAAGAUAAGAGGAAGGUUCUGUUGUCGAGAACCCAUUUGUUGGCUAGUAAUAGAUUUUCAUAGAUUUGUAGACAUUAGGGGUGGAUGGGACCUCGGAAGAUCAUCGAGUCCAGCCCCCUGCCUCAGGGGCAGGAAGUCAGCAUGGGUCAUAGGAUCCCAGCAACAUAAACAUCCAAAUGUCUCUUGAAGGCAUUCAAAGUGGGUGGUUGAACCACCUCUGAUGGCAGUCUAUUCCAGACCUUGGGGGCUUGGACAGUGAAGAAGUUCUUCGUUAUGUCCAGCCUGAAACGGUCAUGGAGGAGUUUGUGACCGUUCGAUCUUGUCAUCCCUUGGGGCACUUUAGUGAACAGAUGUUCCACUGUGGACGCUCCUGCCCCCUUGCUCUUGCCCCUGCAGCACCAUUGUGACCCUGCUGCCCAUGUCUACCUCCUGCCCAACCCAUGGAGGUGGACAUGGGCAGCAGGUGGACAUAGAUCGCAUAGCCUAUUGUAAUGCAAUUUUUAAUGACAUGUUGGUAGUUAAAAAUCUUCAUACAUUUCAAGGACAAGAGGGGACAUCAUCUUGUCUGACCUACAAAACACAGGCUACAGGACCAACUAGAGUUCAUGUGUCCUAAAAGUCAUCAGUCAUCAAAAGUCAGCUAUAUAUGAACUAUAGCAUAUUUAUAGGAAAGCAUCCAAUCCAGACUCUAUCAGAACUUCUGGUACAUUGUUCUAGUGGUUAAACAUUUUCACUUAAUUUGAAUUUUUCCAUUUUUAAUUUAUAGUCACAAGAUCUUGUUGCACUUUUGUCUCAUAGGAUGAAGAACUCUCUGUUACCAAAUUUUUAUUUUCCAUGUUGGUACUUAUAGACUAUGAUCAAAUUAUAUCUUAACCUUUUUUCUGAUAAGCUAAAUAGAAUGAGUUCUUUUAAUAAAAGGCAUGUUUCCUAAUCCUUUAACCAUUUUUAUCUGAACUCCAGUUUUUCAACAUGCUUCUUGAAUCAUGGACGUAAGAACUGGACACUAUUCCAGUAGCAGUUGCAUGGCUGUCAAACACAGAGGAAAUAGAAUGUCUUUACUCCUAACUGGUAUUUCUCUAUUUAUAUAGCCAAGUAACAUUAGGCCCUUUUGGCCAGAGCAUCCCCUGUAUAAUCCAUGUACAGGCUGUAUUACCCAGAAACUGUUUCACAGUCACUGCUUGCUAGGAAAGAGUCUACCAUUCAAUGUCCUUUGUUCCUAGAUGUCUAACUUUAGAUUUGGCUGUAUUAAAAUGUAUAUUCUUUGCUUAUGCCCAGUUUACCAAGCAAUCCAGUGUGCUCAAUAUCCAUGACCCGUUGUUUCAUUAUUUACUACUUAGAGAACUUUGCGUCAGUCACAAACUUUAUCAGUAAUACUUUAUUUUCUUCCAGGUCAUUGCGUAGACCUACUAUUGAUGAUUCAUCAUUCACAAUUAUAUUUUGAGGCCCAUCAGUAAUUUUUAGUUCAUUUAGAGGUCUUAUAACUAGCCCAUUUGUACCACAAUAAACCACAGGACAGAUGGGAAUUAUGGGUCUUGUCUGGUAACCCCUUAACCAGAUAAUGACUACUAUUGAGGUUAUCAGCAAAGAAAUUAAAUCCAAACCAUGUGAGUCUUUAUAAAGGAUAAAGUUGAUCAAAUUCAUUAGCAAAUUUCUAGAAUACCACAGAUGCAUCUGCAGAAAUGUACAUACAAUACACCUGUUUUGUCUACAAAGGCCCACACUGGUGCCUAUAAAAAUAAUUUGAACACAAUGGGUAUAUGCAUGUAAAACCGCAUUCUAGGUAAAUGUGUGCAUGUGUGUGUUUUAUGGGAGCACAAGGUAUAUUCACUCUUUGCAGAUGUAUUUGGUGUUCUUUUCUUUGCUAAAUUUAAGGCACAUGUUUGAAGUGCUGAGUGCCUUCAAGGAGAUUAGAGGGUACUUGGAGAACAUCUUGAGAUUCGCAGGGCAAAUUCUGCCCUUCACUAUUAAAAUUACUGGAUUGCACUAUUAACAUUUUUUAUGGAUUGCAAAUUUGAUAUCAAAGUAUAACAUAACCUUUAGUUCUGCAUUAUGAAAAUCAAUACCAUAAUAAUAAUUCUUGCAUCAUUUAAUUAAAGAUAAUAAUUGCAAAUGAUUACAUGCCAAAUAUUAGUCAUGCAGUGGGAAUCAUUUUAAUAACAUUAGUUGUAUACAUUAAUUUUGUUCUCAUAUGGCCUGAUCCUAUCUUAUCCCCAUUUAAAUGAACGGGGCAAAAUCUCCUUUGGGUAUCUACACACAUGCUCCGAGAGCUGCUCUAAAUAAAGUGCCUGGAGCAUUUCAUGUGUCAACGUCACCACGUUUCAAAAUGGCAGCGGGGUCCUUUUUCUAAAGCUCAUCAAACAAGCUUUAGAUAAAGCGCCCCUGCUGCCAUUUUGAAGUGCAGAGAUGCUGAUACAUGAGAUAAGGAGGCUGGCUGGAGCAUGGUAAUUACCACACUCCACGAUUCAUGUAUAGGUACCUUUUGUGUUCAUUGAGAGCAGGAUCAGGCCUGAGGAGUUUUUGGUAAUGUGUAAGUGUGUUUGGUUGACCUUUGACUUUAUUGUUAUAAUGCACAGUUUUUCUUCAAGGGCAAGCUAUCGUGAUACUACACAGCCAUUAUGGUUUUAAAGGAACACAGAGGUGGUAAGCCAUGUUAUUCAGGGAGAAAUCAGGUCCUAUCUUCUGCCUGAUCUUAAAAGUAGAAAUAUAGCUGUUGAUUAAAAACUAAGGCAAUUCUAAGUGUUGCCUUAAGGCAGAAGGUAUACUACAUCAAGCUACAGAAACUCAAAAAUAACUUUUCCCAAGUAAUUGAAAGAUACUGUCUUUCUCAUAUUUUUUCAGCAAAAGGCAGGAUACCUCAAGAGUUAUAAGUGACCUCUUUAGAUACAAAGACAAUUAACCUUGACUUAGAAAUGAAUGUAACUAAGCAAAGAUAAGAAAGCAAUUCCUAAGCAAUUGAGUCUGUCAUCAUAAUAUAAUUGAUCAUGCCUAUUCAUAUUCUGUUAAAAAAAGCAAGGAGAGUGGUAGGGAGAAGCUUUGAUCUUUGUGUUUGUAUUAUGCUUAGAACCAAAACAAAAGUAGUAUAGAGUUUCUAAUAAUGUGCUGCUUUUGACUGGAAAAUUACGGUAUUGAAAGUAACCUACUUUAUUUCAAAUAAUUGCUACACAUUUGCAAAUUCUCAGUAGAUCCAGGCAAAAAAAUUUUGAUUUUUUUUCAGUUCAGUCACCAAACCUAAGCAGUUGGUUAUUUGCACUGUUUUGAUUGUCAUUGUAGAGGGUGCGCCUAUACACGUGCUUUAAUGCACAUUAGCUUAUUUUAAUGCAUAUUAAAGCGUCACUAACAAAGUGCUGUUUAGUCAGUUUGUAUUAAAAUAGGCUAAGGCACAUUAAGCAUCAUUUAAAAACCAUAGGUGCCUAUACAGGAGCAGGGAGGUUACUCUAAGGUGCUGCAAUUCCAGCACAUCGAAGCAGACUCGAUUAAUCAAGUCUGUGGGAGAGUGGGAAUUACCACACUCCUGAAGCUUCCUGUGUCUCAUAUCAGCUUCCUCAAGCUUCAAAAUGGCAGUGGGGGCUCUUUAAAACUCAUUCACUGAGCUCAUUCAAUAAAGCUUGUUUGAUAAACUUUAGAUAAAGCGCCCCUGCUACCAUUUUGAAGUGAAGGGACACUGAAACAUGAGAUGGUCUGAGCACUGUAAUUAAAGCAUCCCUCCAGGGAGCACAUGUAUAAAUGCCCCGUGCAUUUCAGUUAAUGCUUAUUAAGACAGGUUAAUGUGCAUUUUCUUAGUAUUUCACCAUGGAGGUACUAAAUUUAAUGCACAUUAACUAAAGCACAUUAACGCACAUGUAGACAUGCCCACAGUUUAUUGAAAUUUGUGGUACUGUGCCAGUGCUCAUUUUGGCCUCCUUACUGUACAGGAUGUGACACAAGUAUGCCUAUGACAUGAUUAUUCAUCCUGUGGGGUGAGAAUUUUGUGCAAGCAGUUGCAGAAUAAGGUUGGUCUAUACAUUUUUGAGAUAUUUGACCAGUGGCUGAAGCUUAUUUGCAUUCUGUUGUGUGAAUAAAUGUAUCAUGUGAAAUUUCAUGCUACCUGAAUUGUAAAAAAAAAAAAGGAAAGAAAAAAGUUAUCUUUAUAUGUAUAUCUGUGUCAUUAUACUUUGUGUAGUGAUAUGUAUUGUACUUAAAUUGCAGUGUCUCAUUAAACCUAUUAAAACAUA